CCUAAAAUGUGAAUUUAACCUUUGACCUCGAUCGCCUAAACAAAAACACUGCGAUGAAGUUUGACCGACAUAUCGCCACAACUGUGUGAGUUGAAAAGAUUCACCGUCUCAACUCAGCAAAUAAAAUAAACGUACUUGGGCUCAGACCUUCCUGUUUUCAUCACUGAUAUGCUUCAGUUGACCAGAUGUGUAUGAUCUUGCCAUGGCAACGAGAGGGAUACUCAGCCUCCGUUUCAACCAAGAUCAUGGUUGCUUCUCCUGUGCUAUGGACGGAGGUCUGAGAAUCUAUAACACAGAACCUUUGGCAGAAAAGUUAAGAUUAGAUAAAGAUGAACUGGGAAGUGUAGCACAAGUGGAGAUGCUACACCGGACCAAUCUCAUUGCUAUUGUUGGUGGAGGUGUAAUGCCAAAGUUUGCAGAGAACACUGUUCUCAUCUGGGAUGACGCAAAGAAGAAAUUUGUCUUGGAGUUGACAUUUCCGUCAUUUGUGCUGGCUGUCAGGCUUCGAAGGGACAAAAUCAUUGUUGUCUUGAGAACCAGAAUCUUUGUGUACAGCUUUCCCCAGAAUCCACAGAAACUCUUCACACUUGACACCAGGCCAAACCCAAGAUGUCUUUGUGAGGUCAGCCCAGGUAGUGACAAUCAACUCUUGGUUUUUCCUGGCCGCAAGCAGGGUAGCAUACAGCUCGCUGAUCUAGCCAACACAGAACCAGCGACUUCAAGUUCACCGGUAACCAUCAACGCACAUCAGACUGACAUUGCCUGCCUUGCGGUGAACCAGGAAGGAACGCUGGUUGCUACAGCGUCUGUGAAGGGAACAUUGAUCAGAGUGUUUGACACAACUACAAGAAAGCUACUAGUUGAGCUGAGACGAGGGGCAGACCCUGCAACCUUGUAUUGCAUCAAUUUCAGCAAUGACUCUGCGUACCUAUGUGCAUCAAGUGACAAAGGAACAGUCCACAUUUUUGCUCUGAAAGACACUUCACUGAACCGCAGAUCCACUUUCUCCAAGAUGGGAUUCUUGGGUCAGUACGUGGAAUCUCAGUGGGGUCUUGCCAAUUUCACGGUUCCAGCUGAGUCGGCGUGUGCUUGUGCCUUCGGGCCUCAGACAUCGGUCAUCGCAGUCUGCGUGGAUGGAACCUUCCAUAAAUACGUCUUUACUCCCGAUGGAAACUGCAAUCGCGAGUCGUAUGACGAGUACUUGGAGAUUGGGGAUGAUGAUGAAUUCUAAUUAAAAGAUAUUUAUAAGAUGGAAUUCUUUUUUUUGCGUCGGGGUGAUGAAAAUCAAAUUAGGUUUUGCCCUUCACCGACAUA